AUGACGGCGGCGCAUGUGUGUCUGACUCUAGCAUCUGAGGAAUCCGCACUCACUGAAUCUCAUCAGUAUUCUCAACGAGUGCGUCCUGUUUCCAUCAGACGCCUCGCGCCCACCCCGAGCUCACACCACCAUGAUGCGGAGCACGUGUGUGGCCAUGCGCAGAAGAUGUGUUUAAAAAGUCCGCUUCAAGACAAGUGGAGAAACCGCAAUAUGAUGAAGGCAGUAAAGGAAGCAAGACGACCAAACGGGGGGUAG